UCUACCUGCGAGGAAUUGCUUUCACAGCUCAAUGAGAAUCCUCCGAUUACCCGAAUCGGAGGAAGUGAAAGAGCAAAGGUUGUUCUCCAGUACGUGACAGAAUGUCGCCACGAUAUUGGCGAACCGACUGACGCAUGCGUCGCCGACGAUUCGCCGCAAUUUUGGAAUCUUGUCAACAAACAUCUCACUGUGCGCCCUUAACCCGCAAGCCGAACUAGCCUUUCGCACGCUCGCGACUCUGUUUUUUUCCACGUCGUGGCGUGAUCGUCUACCGUCUACGAUAUUCAUCUGGUUGAAACGUUUAGUCGACAGGAAUCUAGUGGAAAGAUAAUAUCGAUGGAGUAUACGUACGUCUGCGCGAAGGGGAUGAACGUUGUUUUCAAAGUGUGAUCGUGUGCAGUGAAUAAUAUCUUGUUAAAAGUGAUUUUCUGAGAUGUAUUUAUUUGUAUAAGGUGCAAGAGAAUCUGUAACUCUAAUUUAUAUAAUAUAUAUAAUUUAUAUAAUUUAGAUUAAAAGCGUUUAUAUUGAUUUAGAGAAAGUUUGAAACGCUGAUGAGUUGAAAAUAAUUUAAACAGCUGCGUAUACACGUGUUACAAGAUGGAUGAAAUAGAAGCUGAAACCGAUCGGUCGAUCGCUGCCACGCUCUCCAAAAGUAUUGGCUUCCAACGUAUCGAGGUCAUCCUCGACCACCCUCAGAAGGUCUGUUACAGCGGAAAUCAGAUUUCAGGGAACGUACGCUUAGAUCUGGAUGAACCAACAAGUGCUUUAGGAAUUAGACUUAAAUGCAAGGGAGAAGCUCAGGUGUAUUUUACCGAUCGAUCGGCUGGAAUUCGACGUAAGUUCUCGGCGUUCGAGAAUUAUCUUCACGUGGAGACGUAUCUCGCUGGCGAUGGCAAAGAAAAGACUAUGAUAACUGGAGGCGUCUACCCGUUCAGCCUAACGCUGCCAGAGAACUUGCCGUGCAGCUUCGAGGGCCGAUACGGACGAGUACGGUACUCGAUUAGGGCAUUGUUGGACGUAACGACCAUUUAUCGGUUUUCCACCAAUAUUAUUCCAUUCACGGUGGCACCCAUUCUUGACCUUAAUCGCGAUCCUCUCGCUCCCUUGCCAAUAAGUAUCAAACAAUCCAAGAUGUAUAUUGGCCAAACGGAACCGAUCAGCAUGUCCAUGACUGUUCCAGUUCGUGGUUACGUGCCUGGCCAGACUAUACCGAUUGAGAUCGUCGUGACGAAUCCCACUACCGUCGUCGUUACGAAAAUCAGAGUCGUUUUUAAAAAAGUGGUGUCUUAUCGUUCGACGGAAAAGUCGCGUAAGCACAAAGAAAUCGUAGUAGAAGUAGAACAGCCCGUUAAUAAAGACUCCGAUACGUACGAUGUCACGUUUGACGUUCCUGCAGUACCACCCACCGGGAUGAUCCACUGCAACAUCAUCGACGUUCUAUACACGCUUAAAGUCGAGGCCUGCGUAGACGUGAGCGAGUGGUACUACAGAAUGUUUCAGAAGAACUUGAAACUGCGAACAAAUAUAGUAGUCGGCACUGUGCCACUUCAAAAUUACGAAAUCCCACAAAAAACAGCCGACGUGACGGAAGCUUUUUCAUUUCAUCCCCCGUGCGCCAUGGCUACGGAAGAAUACGCCAACGACACGCCGUCGUUGAAAAACAUCGAGAGAGAGGAAACUGCGAAACCAAGUUUGUCUUUGCCGCUGUACGAGAAAAGUCAAAUAUAUCGAUCCUCGAAACCGGACAGGGACGAUCCCACGGGAGACGAUGGUGACAGCGACGGAGAGGUCAAGCCAUACUCGCCUAUGUAUCGCGUGUACACGUUCGAAUCAUCGCAGAAGAAGGACCGUUAGAUAAGUGCUUGACUUCGUAACUAGAAAAAGAGAGGAAGAGGGAGAAGCUUGCUUAAUUAUUCGUUCAAGGAUUCGUCGUUUGUUAGCGGUGUCCGCAACGGAUCGCUGAAGAAGAAGAAGAAAAUUGUGAUGCAUCGUUGAAAGUAAAAAAUAAUUGUUCUUUCCAGAAAUUGUAUACAUUUUAACCGAGGCGUGUACGAAAGUGUACGCGUGAAUUUUACGUCCAAUUUCGCGCUUUAUCGAUCGACCGAUUGCCUUCGAUUCUUGCCUUUGACUUUUUAUUUCCUAUAUACGAAAGAAAAGAAGGGAAAAAUAGUAAAAAAAAAAAGCAUCAUUAGAAACAUCGAGUGAGAUAUGAAAAUCCGUUGGGACCAACCUGUGCAGCUAAUUAAAUUCUUUAAUCAUGCGAGAUAACUUGCGAGCAAAGUAAUUGUAUAAUAAUUGUCAGACCGUGCAACAUCGGAUAUCGUCGAAACGAAGUUUGCGAAACAACUAAACACGUAUUGCUUUAAUGUUCAAUGAAAACGUUCUCGAUGA